GUGAGCAUAAAUAAUAUACUGUUACCAUUAUUCUAAACUUUUUGUUUUUGGUAAAAAUGUAAUGAGUCUCUAGUUUUCUUUUUGAAACCGCCACAGAAUAAUCUGCCACAUACCAAUUCCACCAUAGCUUAUAAACAAGUAGAUGCUAUAAUAAUUUAUGCCUCAUCCUUAAGGAGUGUUCCACUCUUUGUUAAUUAAACAAAUCUAAACUUUUCAUUUAUUAUAUUUUAUAUCAAUGGUUCAGAUUUAGGAUUAAUUAGGAUUUGAAGUGUUUUAUUUUUUAUUUGUCCUUUUUUGUUAUCUUUAAUAUCAAGUUAAUUUCAGAGAGUGCUGCACUAGAAGCAUUGCAUUUCUGUUUAUUUUUCUGGAAUGUUUUAGCAUUCACUGUAAUUUUUAUAUAUAUUUUUUUGUUCAAGAUCACAGGUAUCUUGCAAAGGAGGCAAUCUGGUGCGAGCCGCGAACAUUCACAUUAUGGUAGGGCUAACUCUCUCAUCAGGAAUGUUACCUCCAAAGAGAUUAUUGAAGAUUUGAAUGAGAAGAAGGUAGAGGCUCUAAAAGAAAUGUGGGGUGCUUCAAUCUUGAUGCAAAGUGAGGAAUACAUUGGUGCAAGAAAGAAGCUCCUCAGUGCACAGAAAUUAUACCCUGAACUUGAUAACAUCAAUCUUAUGCUUACAAUCUGUGACAUACUACUUCUUGCUUCAAUUGUAAGAUUAUCAUCAGAUAAUGAGAUUCACCUUGAUUGCAUUCUUGAUUUGAUAUAUCCAUCAGCCACUUAUUCAGAUGCUAGAUGUUAUCUUCAUGAUCUUGUUACAUUGAUAAAUGGAAUCAAAGAUGAGUUUCCUGGAUCUGAGUUAGCACUAGAGAUUGUAAAGAAUGCACUGGACAUGGUUUCGGAUAAAGAGAAGCGUUUUCAUGAUCAUCACUUUAGGAAGAAAAAUGAUGUCGUUUCUUGGGACGAGAUUCUUAAUGGAGAGAGCACAGAAUCUGCCUCCACUUUGGAGAAAGAUUUCCCAAAUCUUGAAAUUCCAUUUGAACAUAGGAGCUUGGAGGGAUCCUUAAUUGAAUAUCAAGAAUGUCAACAAAAACAAGAAUUCUAUAAUUUUGAGGAAGAAAGAAAUGCCAUUUUGUUUGAACCAAACCAGAUUUGGGCUAUUCACUAUCAACAUGAUGAGGUUAAAUUCAACCAAUGCCCUUAUGCAAAGAUCAAUGUCAAAAGUGGUGAUUUUCUUAGUGUUACAUGGUUGAAACCAGUUCCAUUUAAUGAUGAUGAAAGAAUGUUGUGUAAUGCUGGUUUUCCUCUUGCUUGUGGAGUCUUUUGCCUAGACACAAAUGCAUGUGAUGAUCAUGUGAGGACUAAGAUCUUUUCCUACAAAUGUUGUUGGAAUAUUGGUUUGAUGAAUGAUCAGAAUCAGCAUCAGAUUGAGAUUUACCCAAAAAGGGGUGAAAUUUGGGCAGUUUACAAAGAUGGGGUUCUUGAUGAUUGGAGGUGCAAUCCUGAAGAACUUAAAAGGAGCAAGCUUGGAUUCAUAGAAAUGCUUUCUGAUUAUUCAAUAUGCAAAGGUGGAGACUUUGUUCCUUUGGAGAAAGUUAAUGGUUUCUGCAGUGUCUUCAAAAGACUAACAUGUGGAAGAAAGGGCCCUACUUUGUUUCAUGUUCCUCCCCAAAAACUUUUUCUUUUCUCUCAUAAGAUCCUAUCUCAUAGGCUUAUUGGAGGAAGAGAUGAAGCUUUAUUUGAAUUGGACCAAAUGGCUUUGCCCAACAACUUGAUCUUCAAGGAUACUAAUCCUAGUGAUGUUGGUGAGAAAAGUUUAUCAAAAUGUGUGUUUUCCACUGGCCAAGUUUGGGCAAUUUAUUGUGGAAAAGAUAUGAUGCCACGCCAAUAUGCUUUGGUGAAUAGUGUAAUUUCUAAUAAGCAUGUUUGUGUGACACUUUUAGAACAUGAAUUAGGAAACUUUGAGAAAAGAUUGAUGGGAGAUAGAUUCAUUGCUUGUGGAAUGUUCAAACCUUGUGAUAGUAAGGUCAUGCUGAAUAUGUCACAUUUCUCUCAUUUGGUCAAUUAUGUGAAUGGUGCAACUAGGCCACAACAACACUACAUGAUUUAUCCCAAUAAGGGUGAAAUUUGGGCAGUGUACAAGAAUUGGGAUAGGAAUUGGGGGAAUGAUGAUUAUGAAAAAUGUCAAUUUGGAAUAGUAGAAAUUAUUUCAGACUUCUCCAAAGAAAAUGGGAUAAGAGUUGCUAAACUAGAAGAGGUGCAUAAUUGUGUAACAUUUUUCUGGAGGCAAAAACAUGAGGGCUUUGAUCUAUGUUUUACUGUUUUUGAAGCAGAUAUGCAUAGGUUUUCUCAUCAAGUUAUAGCUUACAGAGUUCCUGGAAUUGAAAUGUAUGGUAUUCCUGAGGAUAGUUGGCAUCUUGAACCUCAAGCAAUACCUAAUCAGUAGAAAUUAGAAAGUGUUCUAGCUGCAGUAUCUUGUAUUAUGGACGAGACAACUUCUAAUGUAUCUUAAAUGCAAUCUCUAUCUUAUGUUAUUGAAACUAAUUAUGAUGACUUAUGUUAGCAUUAUCCAAAAAGGAAGCAAUUGAUCUAUUAUUCUUUUUGUUCUCACAAAAUUCCUACACUAACAAUUAUGUUCAAGUCACUUCAUCUAAUAAGUAAUAAACUCAUUAGCUUCAUUAUAUUAUUCUUUUUGUUUUCCAUAUAUAGCUCCUCUUGUUAAACCCAAUAUGAGUGGUUCAAUGAGUUCAUUGUACUAUAUUAUUCAGGUUUCACAUUAAAUGUCACAAUGGAUGAAUAAACUUAGGUCAAUAAACACCUACUUUUAGUUAUAUAAAAUAAUUAAUAACCAACAGACUCGUUCAUCAAUUUCCCUUCCUAAUCAACUUAGAAUCGCCUAGUUUAUGUCAAAGGUUACAACAAAAGUGUGAUGCAACACAAUCUUUCCUCGGAAACUUUUCAAACAUCUAGACCGACCAAAAUUUUUUCAUAUCAACAUCACAAAAUUCAUAACAAUA